AUGGACGGGGACGUAUGCCCUUUGAAAGAGAUGGUGGAGGUCGUAGAAGAAGUCUUGGGCCCUGAACAAGGAUACAUCGUCAUCGACGAGGCCCAUUCCACUGGAGUGCUAGGACCAGAGGGGAGGGGUCUGGUAUGUGAGUUAGGCCUCGAGAAACGCGUAUUCGCACGGCUCCACACAUUCGGAAAGGCGGUAGCGGCGAACGGAGCAAUCAUUCUCGGCUCAGACACCUUGCGUCAUUACCUCAUCAACUACGCACGUCCGCUCAUAUAUACAACGUUCUUGUCCUACCCCUCUCUGGCGCUCAUACGAUCUUCGUACCGGCUACUUCAGUCUGGCCAGAGCGUUAGACUACAAGCUCAUCUACAGCAUCUUACCCAGCAUCUCUAUACUAGGCUCGGUCAUCUCCAGAAACACUCAGACUUGGCUUGUCGGACACUCACAAUUCCAAGUGCAUGCCCCAGAUCACCUAUAUUCGCAGUACAAUUAGCAAGACCGAAGGUCCUGGCGAACUUUCUGCAAACUCAUGGUAUGAUGGUCAGAGCUGUGGUGCCGCCAACAGUGCCGGUGGGAACUGCUAGAGUCAGGAUCUGCUUACAUGCUGGCAACACAUCAGUGGAGGUGGAAAAGCUCGUUGAAUUGCUGGGAAGAUGGUGCGAAAGUCAAGCCGUUGAGCAGUCACAAGGUCAUGUACAAGAAGCAGUUGUGCGAGCCAAACUCUAG